AUGGUUGGUAAGGGAUUAGGAAAAGGUGGUGCCAAGCGCCGAAAAUUGUUCCGUAAUACCAUCAAGGGGAUAACGAAGCCCGACAUCCGUCGACUUGCUCGCCGCGGCGGGGUUAAGCGCAUUUCUGCUCUGAUUUACGACCAAAUUCGCGACGUUCUGAAAGCUUUUCUUCGCAACGUCAUACGUAACGCCGUCACUUACAUGGAAUACGGCAAAAGAAGAAUUGUUACCGCCAUGGACGUGAUUUUUGCGCUCAAAAGACAAGAUCGGAUUCUCUACGGCUUCGAUUAA